CUGGCGGACCAGAUAAGUGGCUCCCCAUGCAGUUAUAGGGUCCGUUUCGUGCUUUGGAGGUAUAUCUGCGCAUCCUCUGAACAUGUUUCCUUCGGUCGAUGGUCGCAUUGGUAUCCUAGCCGUCUUACCACUUUCUUUUGUUGGCAUCAUAGCCCUCAAGCGGUUCAUUAAGAACAGACAGAACAAACUUCCCCCUGGUCCAGUGCCGCUCCCACUGUUAGGAAACGUCUUAUCUGUUAACACCAAGGAGCCUUGGUUGACUUAUACUGAAUGGUCUGCUGCUUAUGGAGACUUGGUGUUUGUGCGACUUCUAGGUCAGGAAGUCAUAUCGAUCAAUUCCCAGCACCUUGCAGAAGCCUUGUUGGACAAGCGUUCUCGCAUUUAUUCCGAUCGACCAUACCUAGCCACAGUAGAGCCAUCUGGCUGGUCCACAAUCACCUUUGCAUUCACAGGCUACGGUGAUGAAUGGCGUCUUGCCCGACGAAUCUUCCAGCAAACUUUUCGCCCCAACUCUGCAGUCAAGUUUCGCCCGACUCAGAUCAAACGGGCUCGUGAGAUGAUCGUCAACCUAAUCGAUGACCCUCAACAUUAUCAUUCCCACUUUGCAACCUUCUCGUCAUCGGUUGUGAUGUCUGUCAUAUAUAACUAUCAGCCCAGCGCUCGCGAUGAUCCUUUAGUACGAGUCUUGGAAACUGCAAUGGUUGUUGGCCUUGAAAUGAUGACCCUAAAGAAUGCAAUCUUAUUUGGAAUCUUCCCCUUCUUACUGAAGUUGCCUGACUGGUGCUGGGGAUCGUCGAUCAAACGCGAUGCUCAAAUUUCAACCAAACAUAUGAAUGAAAUGAGGGACUUGCCGUUUCAAUAUGCGCAGGACCAUAUGGUUGAAGAAUCGUUCCUCGGCCAGUUUUCAAUGGUAGCAGAAAAUUUGCAACGGAUGGAGAAGCAAGAUGAGGCGUCCAAGCCAAUGUUCGAGGUUGCCUUGAAGAGAGCAGCUGCAGGUGUAGUUGUGGGUGCAUAUGAGACGACUUCUUCGACUUUGAUGGUUUUUGUUCUCGCUAUGGUAUUGUAUCCAGAUGUUCAGAGACGCGCCCAAGCCGAGAUCGACUCGGUGAUCGGAAGAGAUCGCUUACCUACGUUUGAGGACAGAGCAUCGCUGCCUUAUGUCGAAGCCAUUCUGCGGGAGACUUUCCGAUGGCACCCCAUUCUACCCCUUGGUAUUCCACAUGCCACCUCAAGUGAUGACAUAUACGAUGGUUAUUUCAUUCCGAAAGGAACAACUGUCAUGUGCAACAUCUGGGCCAUUUCACGGGAUGAAAAGCGGUAUCCUGAUGCAUCUCGUUUCAUGCCGGAGAGGUUUCUAGACGUCAACGGCGCGUUAACAGACGAUGAUCCCUCGGAAUACGUUUUUGGUUUAGGCCGGCGCGUAUGUCCAGGGCGGUAUGCUGGUGAUGCCUCUGUGUGGUCUGCUAUCGUGACCAUGUUAUCCACGGUGGAAUUUUCUUUCCCUAAAGAUGACCAGGGCAAUCCGAUCGACUUCACCCCUCAAUUCAACAUGGGACUCGUUCGUUCCGUGAUGGCCUUCCCUUGCAAUAUUUCGCCUCGUUCUCAUGUCCAUUCAGGACUCGAGGAUCUUCUCUGAAGUGGAUUGGAAUAUGUAUAUAGUACAAAGACUCUCGUCUAUCGGAAAGUAGGUAACGCUGCAAGCACACUUUGCAAGGUGCAGUUUGCGGGCCGCUGAGUCCAUUGACUGAAGCUCAACGCGAGAAGUCGACAUGUACAGUAUGCACUGUGAAAGUAAGGUACAUCAGUAUGACUCUGAUACAAAGGAAAGGACAGAUGCACUCUCUGAAGUGGAUUGUAAUAUGUAUUUCUCUAUCCGAAAGUAGGUAACACGCAAGCACACUUUGCAAAAUAGAUGCUGAGUCCAUGAAAUGAAGCUCAAAAGUGAACGCAAGAAAUCAACGUGUACACUGUACAGUAUACACUAUGAAUGAUUUGGGGUCCCAUGCUGUCCGGUUCCUCGAACAUGCAUGCCCG